AUGCUCAUCUGGAAGACCAUCACCGUCGCGUCUCUGCUUUCUCUGGCCUCAGCUCAGGCGACAGUCUACCUUAUCCGCCACGGCGAGAAGCCCUCAGACGGCAGCAAUGGCCUGACCGCACAAGGCAAGGAGCGAGCACAAUGUCUGCGUAAUGUCUUCGGUGGCGCUCGUGAACGUCCGUACGAGACCGUGGAGCCUCUCGCGCAAGAUCUUGGCCUCACCGUGGACAUUAGCUGCGAUCGCGACGAUGAGUCCUGUGUAAAUGAUGCAGUCGACGACUACGAUGGUCCUAGAAACAUUCUCAUCUGCUGGGAGCACGACGAGCUCACCAAAAUUGCAAAAGCGCUUGGUGACAAGAAUGCCCCCGAUUAUCCUGAUGAAAGGUGGGCGACAAGAUGA